AUGUCUCAUGCAAGCUCUGCUACUCAGCCAAGAGCCCUGACACUGACUGAAGAACUUGAAAAACUCGAACAGUCCAUCACAUUGACUCUGCAAGAAAUCGACCACAACUUCAGUCGAGCACACCGUAUAGUGACAUCGAGCAUCCUACCCAUCGUUGAGCAAUAUGCCACACAUUCAAAGGAGGUCUGGGAAGGGUCAAGAUUCUGGAAGCAAUUCUUCGAAUCGAGCGCCAAUGUGUCCCUGUCAGGCUACGAAGAGCAGCAUUCGCAUUUGGAAAAUACAGAGACCACAGUUAGCGAAGACACCAACACCAUGACACACAGCACCUUGGAGACAUCGCAGUCUUACGAGACUCCUUCGGCCCAGCACAUCUCAACAGACUCAAUCCAGGACCUUGAUUUCUCAAACAUGACCAUGUCGCCCUCCAAGAGCAGCACUCCACGGCCCAACCUCACGCAGAAGUUUCAGAAGCAAGGCAAUGCCACCUUUGCGGACUACCCAUCGCCGUACGAGGCCUUGCGACAAGAAGUCCACAGUACAGUUGUCGACACCACGUCACUCAACCAACCGACCAUGCCUGAAACUCCUGGUGGCCGACCAGUUUUUGCCAUGGACAGUAUUACCGUUGGAACACCAGAAUCCUCGCCGUUUCUACCUCCUCGGCCGACUUCGAUCCCGCGCCCAUCCACCGCCCGCAAAAGAACAGAUCCUCUCCUUCACCGUAUGCUGGACAGAAAUUACCGUGUUCAAGCAACACCGCUCACAAGUCAGCGUUACACAAGUCUGCAAUCAACAACUCGUGCUACGCCGUCCACCGCGAAACGUGCUCGAUCGGCGACACUCAACGAGUCAUCGUUAUCAUCGAGCCCGGAAGCGCCUCCUCCUGAGCUCCACCCGGAGAUCUUCUCCUCACCUGAACGCAGGAGACCCAUUCCCGGCGUCAGCGUUCUAACACCAUCACGGGCACGGUCAAAAUCUCAACCAUUAAAGGCUCCAGCCCGUACGCCGGGGAUCUGGGACAGUGACGACGACGACCUUGAUGACGACGUGCUCUUCGACCAAUCUCCGCCAAAGACCAUGCAAUUCCACAUCCCUCAAAAUCGUCUGCUGAAAACUCCAGCCAAGGAAGCGUCAAAGCGGAUAGUCGAGGACAUUCUCACCAACGCUGGGAUCGAUUACGGCGAGGAAGAGAUCGAUUUCACCCAAGAGUUAGACACCCAGGGGUUUGAAAUGGACGUCAGCGGAGAGCCGACCAGCCCGAGUAUGGUCCGCAGAGCUAUGAAUAUCGAGGAUGAGACGUUUUGA